UUACGAGUCCAAGUGGAGAAGGCAGGAGGAGAGACGCAUUAUUGCAGUAGCCUACACUGAGCCAUAACACACAACACGGACGAAACUAUAGCGCACUUCCCUGAAGACGCACUAGGCGGGGGUGACGGAAACCAGACGAAAAGAGACACAACCGAAUUCUCAUGACUGGACUUUUUCUGCUUUAAUUUUGAAAUUGCACGCAUUUGCCAGCAGCUUUUAGAAGAGGCAACUCCGGAGCCAGCCAAUCAGUGGUGCGUGUGAGCAUCCAGAGCGGCUGUAAAAGGACUCAGCAUCACUUGGAGGAGCUGCAGGCAGCACCGCACGAAGCUCAGCAUCCCCGGAUUUCCCAGGAAACGGAUUAUAUUUCAGAAGUACUUUUUUUCUCUUGAGGCCUCAUCGCUCCCUUCUCCACUUCUCGCUUCUGUAGUUGUGUCACACAGUGCGUUCUCAGCCGGCCCGUGUCUGGGUAUUGCGGUACUUUGACUUGCGGUAUAAAUGCAUCGGUAGAAGAUCAGCUCCACUGCGCCAAGACCCUCCGCCUCUUGUUUACUCUUAGCCUGGCACUUUAACACUUUACUAAUUGAAAUUUGGGACUUUUAACUGGAGCUGUGCCUCGACAAACCUCUUCUCUUUUUGUGUGAUCUUGCUGUUUUUUUUGGGUUUUUUUUUCUUGCGUACUCCUACUUCAGACCCUCCCUCCCCAGCCCAUCACCCCUCCUCCGCUGCCCGUGAGUCACUUCAAACAGCUGCAUAGAAGAUGUCUGCCCCAGAUGCUGCCCCCCCAGCUGGAGCCCCCGGUGCUCCAGGAGCCCCAGGUGCAGAUGGAGCCCCAGCUGGUCCACCUGCAGCACCACCCAAUACCUCCAGCAACCGCAGGCUACAGCAGACACAAGCUCAAGUAGAAGAGGUGGUGGAUAUUAUGCGGGUGAAUGUGGACAAGGUUUUGGAAAGGGACCAGAAGCUUUCAGAGCUGGAUGACAGAGCGGACGCUCUCCAAGCUGGAGCCUCCCAGUUUGAAAGCUGUGCAGCCAAGCUAAAGAACAAGUACUGGUGGAAGAACUGCAAGAUGAUGAUCAUGAUGGGGAUCAUUGGAGUCAUUGUGGUUGGAAUAAUAUUCUUGUACUUCUUCUACUGAUCUCCGCCCAUCACUACAGAUGGAUACGGACUUGAGAAUGAUAAGAGAGGGAAGAGAAAAAAAAGAAACUCAAGCGCCACUCCUCUUCUAUUCGUCUCCUUCUCCUCCUCCCUCUCUUCACGGUCUUCCAUCAAACCAUCUUGCACUUAUACAUGACAGUAGUGUUUAUAGGUGUCUCUGCUCUCUUUUGUCCCUCUUUCCCUCCCUUCUUGUUGCUUUCUUCCACUGCUCUGAAGUCUCACUCACUCUCUCUGGUCUCUGCACCUCAUGUAUUAUUGAAGGAAGCAGCAGGCCUAGUGUAAGCGGAAGAAAGAAAGGGAUGGUGGGAGGGAGAAAAUCCUUGUGACACAGGAACACACAGGGCUAGGCCCGUUGAACGGAGCUGAGAGCGUACACUGUACAGACAGUGAAUGUGUGCCGGGGGGAUUGAACAAGAGUUUGCAGUCCUUUCUAUCUCAGAUGCGCCAAAGCUUGUUCAUAUCACCUUUUUUGAGAGUCCUACAUUUGUAAAUUGAUACUGAUGUACUGAACUAACAGUCUUUUUGUCCCAUCUGCUGCCAUCAUUGCUAAUUACUAACAUAAUGUCAUGGUUCGCUUAAGAUUAAGAUAAUUUUUGUUGAAUGUGCGUGUGUAUUUGUGAUCCCAAGCACUGUAGGCAAUAGCUUUUUCCAAGUUUAGCUGAUAGGCUUUAUUUAGUUAUCAUUUAGUUAUUACUUUCCUCUCUACCUUUCUCUCACUUAGUCUCUGCAAAGUUCAGUAAAGGAAGAGUUAGAAAAAAAAAUAGCAAAAGAGAAAGAGAUGAGAAGGAAAGGAAGAAGUGAUUCGGGGAAAGCCGAUGAGAGUAAGUUAAAGUUCAUUCUGCUUCGUUUGUACCUGGGGUUUUGUGCCACAGGUGGUGACAUAGAGAUCGUGUUAUUCUUAGUGGGAAAUUAAGACAAGCAGCCUCCAACAGACAAUCUCCUGUAAACAUGAACUGACCGCUCUGGAAGGUCUUUUAACUCUGACUUGGACAGAGUCACAGCCAUAGACAGAUGAAUGUGUAGCGUCGCACUGUAUAAAAAUGUCCACUUGUUUUGGGUGUUACGAUGACAGGAUGUUUAAGUUGAACGUUUGUCCAAAAAGCAGGAAAAGGACCUGUUUUAGCAACGUUAGAGCGACCUGGCCCUCCCUGUCACUCACAUAAAUACAGACUCACCUGUCACCCGCGGUAUGGUAAAGACAAAUGAAAUGUUCGUUUCUAACUUGCAUGGCCAACAGUGUCCAUAGUUUUGCCUAUUUGUGUGACCUGUGUAUCUGCCAUUUCUGAAUCUAACUGCCGAUUGUACAUUUUUUUGUCAGUGGUUUAAAGGACCUGUGUAUAAUGUCUUUCUGACUUGAUAAUUACUGCUUAUGCAAUGCAAUGCUGCUCAGAUUUUGUUAAAUUCACUUGCUUUUUAGACAGAGAUGAUUUCAACCACUACUACAGCAACUAUAGUGACCUGUUAAAACAUGUAGUACAGUAAGAGUAGAACUAUAGUACAUCUGUCAGAUUAUGCUCCUGAAAUGUGUUUAUAAAUUCUUUCAGGUUUUUUUUUUUUUCUUUUUGAAGGGGGUUGUUGGAUAUAAAAAAAAAAAGUAAAUUUUCCUCUCACUGGACUGAUUUUGAGAGUUGAUAAAAUUCUGAAAAUAUGAACAACCUUAUGUGCAACAUGUAGCGGUUAAUCAACACUGGAGAUAGGAGAAGCUGUUUUGUGACUUACAACCCGAACAUCCAGUAUGAAAUGCAACUGGACUUGUGAAAACAAAUGCAUGCUUACCACUUUUGCUGAUGCCAAUAAAGAAAUCAUGAACAUAACUGU